GAAAUAUCCAUUUUCCAUGCUUUCUGCAUAAAAAAAUGUUCACCUUGAAAAUAGUCGGAAAUCCUGGCUUGAAAAGCUCAAUUUCAAAGGCAGUGACAUGUUCAAUACACAAGAGGUUGAUAUCGCAGACGUCGGCGAUAUGUGCUGCUGUGCCGAACCCCAUGGGCAAGAAGACAUUUGUUAGAGAUAAGCCACAUAUCAAUAUCGGUACGAUUGGACAUGUCGAUCAUGGAAAAACAACACUGACUGCAGCAAUUACAAAAGUUCUAUCCACCACAGGAAUUGGUGGUAAGGUAAAAGCUAAGAAGUAUGAAGAUAUUGACAGUUCCCCUGAAGAAAAGGCGCGUGGAAUCACUAUCAAUGCGGCCAUUGUUGAUUAUUCAACUGCCAAUAGGCAUUAUGCCCACGUUGAUUGUCCUGGACAUGCUGAUUAUAUCAAGAACAUGAUCACUGGCACGGCACAGAUGGAUGGUGCGAUAUUGGUGGUUGCGGCCACUGACGGGCCUAUGCCACAAACAAGGGAGCAUUUAAUUUUGGCAAAGCAGAUUGGAGUGAAGCAUCUUGUCCUCUUCAUCAACAAGGCUGAUGCUGCAGAUUCUGAGAUGUUGGAUCUAGUCGAGAUGGAGGUGCGUGAGUUGUUGACCGAAUAUGGCUUUGACGGUGAGACAACACCGAUCAUCAUAGGAUCUGCGCUGAAUGCAUUGGAGGACAAAAAUCCUGAGAUGGGAGAAAAGAAGAUCUUAGAAUUAUUGGAACAUGUGGACAGCUAUAUUCCCACCCCUCAACGCGACCUGGACAAACCAUUUUAUAUGCCUAUUGAAUCUGUCUUCUCAAUUCAAGGUCGUGGGACUGUGGUGACUGGUCGGGUGGAGAGAGGUGUGAUAAAAAAGGGUGAAGAAUGUGUAAUGAUGGGGCACAACAAAUCAGUCAAAAGUAUAAUUACUGGCGUUGAAAUGUUCCAUCAGCUUCUUGAUCGGGCAGAGGCCGGAGAUCAACUGGGCGCAUUAUUGAGGGGUGCCAAAAAAGACGAGCUGAAGCGUGGCAUGAUUUUAUGUAAACCAGGAACACAGACGUUGGUCAACUGCUUCGAAGCGCAGGUCUAUCUCCUUGGUAAGGAUGAAGGUGGCAGAAGUCGAGGUUUGAACCUGGCGUCCAAGUUUCAAGCUCAGCUUUUCAGUAAAACAUACGACGUUCCUGCCCGAGUUGAGCGGCCGGAGGGCAGCAAUGUGGAGAUGAUGAUGCCUGGAGAAGACGGCAAGAUCAUGCUGUCUUUGUUCAAAAAAAUGGUUGUCGAAAACGGCCAGAGAUUUACGCUAAGAACUGGAGAGGGAACUAUGGGAUACGGUGUAGUGACGGAUGUCCUCCCAGAACGUGUUAUUGAUCUAAAGUGAGGAAAUAGGGACUAAAAAAUUAAAGACUGUUAAUAUUGUAAAUUGUGUACAUUAAGAUCAACUUCAGAAGGUCAUUGUCGAUUGGUUUGGACAAUUUGUGGUCUGUAUUGUGCCUGUGAAGAAUAAAGUUCCCGUUUUGGGAAAGUUUUGGUAGAAUCUGGAUAUGGUGGCAAAACAUGAAAAUGAUUACUGAUAUCGCUACCAUCAACUCAAAACUACUAAAUCUCAUCAGAAAUGAAUGCUUUGAAACACAAGUUGCUGACUACAGUAUUGUGACAUGAAUGAGCACGGAUGAUGAAAUAUUCAUAUGAAGGAGGAGGACAGAAAAGGAUGUAUUGUGCUUCUUUCAAAGUUUCUGAUUGUAUCUUCCACUUUGACAUUUGAAGGCAGUCACGGAUUUGGCAAAUAUUGAAUCAUUUGGGAAAUGGACACUAUUUUCUUUUUCACAUUUUCAUAUUAUCAUUUGCUUUUGUUAAGUUGAGGUAAUACAUGUAUACCCUCAAUGUGUUGAUAAAAACUUCAAUGCCAUCUAUUUGAGAUAGCCAUUUCUGCUAUCAACUUAAUGAUCAUUUACAAGGGUCAAAGGAGGAAAUCUAUCUAAAAACUGAGCAUUCGUAUCUCUGUUGAGAGUGCAUUCCUGAAAAUCAUUAAAAAAAUGCUUGUGAAAAUUUCAUGGUUUGCAGUAUUAGCUUGGAUUUUUCUUGGAUUAAGGAAUUGAACCCUCGGCUUCGGACCUUGGUUGAGUUACCAAGACACUCGAGGGUGGAGCUAAAAUACAGUCCAAACCCUCGCCUGUCGGCUCGGGUUUGGACGAAAUUUUAGCUCCACCCGAGAGUGUCUUGGUAACUCAACCAAGGUCCGAAGCCGAGGGUUCAAGUUCUAUUCUAAAAUACCUCAAACUUAAAAAGAUAGGCCACGAAAAUAACUUGAAUGUGUGCGAAUUUGGCAAAUUCCAUCCAUCGCCGGCCCGGCCGGAGCGCCAGUAGCGCCGUUGUUUACAUUAUGUUACGGCAACGUUACAGAAAAUGAGACAUGUACAUUUUGUACAGCGCGCAUAGGAAGUCCGCAUCGGCUCGCUCAAGUGAUGCUAAAAUCCGCGCAAAUGGGCUAUUUGGAGCGUUUUUCUCGGCAAAUAUGUGUAGUGCUCAUUAAAAAACUUAGGGUGGUUGAUGCUUCCUUGGCUGAUUUGUGUUUGCAGCAGUGUUUUGAGAGCCUCAAACUUCUGAAGUGAGCUGAAAUUCCAUUGACGUGACGUGUGCAUGGUUUCCACAUUUUAGUGCAACCCGAGGGAACUUUGGUAGAGCAUCUUGGUUGCGUGUCCAAAACACUCCGCUCUCAGAACGAGGCUUAUGCAUUUUCCAUUUAAAAGUUGACUUUACGGUACCAAGGUAUUUUAGAAUAUCUCAUCAUCUGUUUGACCAUUGAAUGUGACAUCAGCAUUCUGGACCUGCCUCUCAAUUAUUGUCAUGAUUUUUGUGAAAUAUAUCAGAUAAAUGAAUAAAGGAGUUUGUAAA